AGUUUUGUAAUUUUAGCUUUUCUAAGAGAGUGUGGCCACUCUGGAGACAGGUCUUCUUCUUCUAUCAUUCUUCUUCUGGGUUUAUUCCCUUAACACUUUCUCUCCAUCUCUCUCUUGAUCUGAAUCAUAAACUCGAUUUUUGCAAAAAUUCAACAUUGUUUUUUGUAAUCGAUCAACUUCAUCUUCCUCAAAUCAAGCGUGACGGUGGUGGUCGGUGACGGUAGCUAUGUCUUCGAAGACUAAAACUAGUUUGUCGGAAACUCCUCCGGGGAAAUCAUCUCCCGCAACUCCAAAAGUGGCAAGAUUGAGUAGGGCAGUGAAUAAAUCUGAGACCACUUCUCCAAGUACACGCCUUUCACUUGAUCGCUCUUCACCAAGUUCAAAGUCUUCUUCUGUUGAGAGACGCUCACCAAAGGUCCCAACUCCACCUGAGAAAACUCAAGCGCGUGCAGCAGCGAAAGGAUCAUCAGCAGAGCCAACGCAGACUCGGUUGACUCUGACUCAAAUCAAGGAAGAUCUAAAGAAAGCAAACGAGAAGAUAUCUUCAUUAGAGAAGGAGAAAGCUAAAGCACUUGAUGAACUCAAAGAAGCCAAGAAAGAAGCUGAAGAAGCUUCUCUGAAGCUGGACGACGCUUUAAAAGCUCAGAAUAACAUCGAGGUUGAGAAGUUCCAAGCUGUUGAGGAAGGGAUCGAGGCCGUUCAGAAGAAAGAAGAAGAGUUAAAGAAAGAACUCGAAAACGUCAAGAGCCAACACGCUUCAGUUACGCAGGAGCUUCAAAAGGUUAAUGAAGAGUUGGCUAAGGCCAAUGAGGUUAAGAGCAAGGCCUUGAUCCAAGCGGAUGAUUCUAGUAAGACAUAUCAGCUUCAUGCGGAGAAAGUUGAGAUCUUAUCUUCUGAGUUGACACGUUUGAAAGCUCUGCUUGAUUCAUCCGAAAGUGAAAUGGUUGGUAAGCUAGAAGAGGAGAUUGAUGUUUUGAAAAGAGAUCUUGAGAGAGCGAGAAGCUUUGAGUCUGAGGUGAAAGAACAAGAGAUGAUCAUCAAGAAGCUUAAUGCUGAUCUCGAAGCUGCAAACAGCUCAUCUGAGGAGUGGAAGAGCAAAGCCAAAGAAGUGGAGUCACAGCUACAAGAAGCUAAGAAUCUAGAGAGAUGUGCAUCUUUAUCUUUGGAGUCUGUGAUGAAACAACUCGAAGGAAGCAAUGAUAAGCUGCACGAAACAGAAUCCGAACUCAUUAACCUCAAGGAGAAGAUCAUGACAUUGGAGACAACAGUCGCUAGACAAAAGGAGGAUCUUAAGGAAUCAGAAGAACAACUGUCAAAGACCGAAAAAGAAGUAGAGAGCUUAAAGAACGAGCUUGAAACUGUCGUUGAGGAGAAGAAUCGUGCGUUAGAUAAGGAGCAAGACGCUUCUUCAAACGUUCAGAGGCUGUUAGAACAGAAGAAGAAGCUUUUAGCGGAUUUUGAAACCUCAAAGGAGGAAGAGGAGAAGAGCAAGAAAGCGAUGGAGACUCUAGCUUCGGCGUUACACGAAGUUUCAAGCGAAGGAAGAGAAUUGAAAGAGAAGCUGUUAAGCCAAGGCGGCGGAGACCAAGAGUACGAAGCGCAGAUAGAGGACCUGAAGCUGGUCAUCAAAGCGACUAGCGAGAAGUACGAGACCAUGCUUGAUGAAUCAAGACACGAGAUCGAUGUUCUUGUUAGCGCGGUGGAGCAGACCAAGAAGCAUUUCGAGAGCUCGAAGAAGGAGUGGGAGAUGAAGGAAGCUAACUUGUUGGAUUACGUGAGGAAGAUGGAGGAGGAAGUCGCUUCGAUGAGUAGGUUGGAUGGUUUGCUGAAGAGGACGGAGGAAGAAGCUGAUGCUGCUUGGAAGAAGGAAGCGGAGACGAAGGAGAGUUUGAAGGAGGUGGAGGAUGAGGUUGUUUAUCUCCAGGAGUGUCUCGGGGAAGCGAGAGAUGAAAGCGUGAAGCUUAAGGAGAGUCUGUUGGAGAAAGAGAGUGAGUUUGAAAGCGUGGUUCAUGAGAACGAGGAGCUGAGGGUAAAGGAAGGUGUUGCUUUGAGGAAGAUUGAGGAGUUAUCAAAGUUACUAGAGGAAGCAAGAUUGAGCAAGGAGGAGGUGGAGGUCAGUGAAAGUGAGAAAGAGUAUGAUUUGUUACCGAAAGUGGUUGAGUUUUCUUCAGAGAAUGGUCAUAAAAGUGUAGAAGAGAGAUCUCCUGAAGUCAUAUCUACUGAUGAAGAAGCUCCACAAGAACAUAUCAGCAAUGGCAAUGGUAAUGGUAAUGGUAUGGAGGAGAAAGAUAUGAAUGGAAAGCCCGAGGAGGCGAAAACAGAGAUGAAGGAGAAGAAAGAAGAGUCUCCAGAUGAUGAUGAUGACAAAGAUAACUCAGUUGAAGUUAUCUUCAAAAUGUGGGAAAGUUGCCAGGUAGAGAAGAAAGAAGCUGUUACGGACAAGAAAACAGAACUAGAGUCUCCGGAGGAAGAAGAAGAUUCAAGAAAGAUCGAUGAAAGCGAUAAGGCCUCGACAGAGAACGUGGAAGAUGAGGUUGUGAUGGAGAAGAAGAUCAAGAAGAAGAAGACUCUACUUGGUAAAGUCUUCUCAAGAAGAAAGCAGCAGCAGUAAACCCGAAAUAUUAAACUCUUGGAGGUAAGGAAAAGCAUUAAAAAAGCUUAUUAUAUGUAGAAAGGAACAUACAUAUUGAUUUUCAUUUUGAUUCUCAUCAGUGUUUUUUAUAUAUAUCUUUGUUGGUUAUUGAUUCUUUGCUUCUUUUCGAUUGUAACAACGAUGUUUCUCGACCUUUGUUAUUAAUGUAAAGGCUUGUCUUUUGGUUUAAUUAACUUCAGUUUAUUUGA